GCAUUGAUGCACACUAGUUUUUCCCAAAGACUUCUGAGAAAUUCCAAGCCCAGUGGAUUUUAGAAUUUUCAAUUCCAGCACUACAACAAGAUGAACACACCACAUAGUGACGCUUAGGGCAGCAACUGAAUCUUUCUAAGUGGUUUUUGAUUUUGUCUCCGUUAGUUUUUCUAGGACUGUUUGUUAGGCCUGUGCCAAACCCCCAACCUUGAGGGCCAAGUCGCUCUAAGCCUCUACCCUUCCAUCUGUCUGGGAUGGGAGACCCUACCAAGAUCAGAAAGCUCCAGACCACUGUGCUGUCUAGGUCAUUGAGACAUGCAAGCCCCCCAACCACGACAAGGUGGCGGUCCAUGGGACCCGUUACAGGUGACCUCAUAGUGACCGGUACUAUCUAGUGGGGAGAGAGUGCUGUGAAAUAUGAUACUGAGUCUCUUAACCUGAGGGGAGGAGAAAAGGGAGGAGUUUGUGAAGGUUUUGAAAUUCUGAAUGCUGUUUAGGAUGGAUUUAGUGCCUAUUAGGGGAAGUUCAGUUUUAUCUUUAUUUGGUUUUAAGAAAUUUGUGGUGAACCAAGAUUUUAUUGCAAGAAGACAGUCGGUGAGAGAAGUCGGAUUGGUGGAGAUGUGGAGCUGGGUGUCGUCAGCAUGACAAUGGAAAUGAAUCUUGUGUUUAUGGAGGAUUUGACUGAGGGGUAGAAGAUACACGAUAAAUAGCAGGGGUCCCAGGACAGAGCCCUGGGGCACACCUGCGGUAACAGGAACUGUGUUGGAAGUGAAUGUUUUCAGCUGAAUAAACUGACCUGAGAGGUCUGAGUGGAACCAGUUGAGGGGUAUGCUUGUGAUGCCUGUGGUGGAUAGUCUAUCCAGGAGGACGGUAGCAGAGAUGGUGUCAAAGACUGAAGAGAGGUCGAGCAGGAGGAGGAGGUCCUUGGAGAUUUUGAGGAGGGCCGUUUCUGUGCUAUCAAGUCAGUCAGCAGAGUUCCUCAGACUGAGAUAAAGACCCAUCUGGAACCUGAAGGUCUUUCUGUGUCCUGAAGCUGCUGAUGACACGAGGAUGAAUGCUGCAGGAGCUUCAGGUAGGCUGAAGACAAACCUUCCUGAUGGAGUUCUCUGUGGUUUCUCUUCAGGUCUGAUGGUUCUGCUUUGCUGUCCAACAAACCUGAUUGGUGUGACUGUGAGUCCCAGCAGAUCUCAGUUCUUUAAAGGAGAACCAGUGAUUCUGAACUGUGAGGACGACAGCUCUGAAGGAUGGACUGUAAGGAGAAACACGACAGCUGGAGGGACGACUAACUGUUCUGAAUGGGGAAUUUCAGAGAAUUCCUCCUGUGAAAUUCCCUACCUCUUUAGUGGGGUGGACAGUGGUGUUUACUGGUGUGAGUCCAGAGGGGGAGGAGCCAGCAGCAUGGUGGUUAACAUCAGUGUCUCUGGUGGAUCAGUGAUCCUGCAGAGUCCUGUCCUCCCUGUGAUGGAGGGUCAUGACCUCACUCUGAGCUGUCAAUCAAAGACCCCUCCCUCCAACCCCUCAGCUGCUUUCUAUAAAGAUGGCUCCCUCAUCAGGACUGAGCCUACAGGUCACAUGACCCUCCAGCAUGUUUCCAGGUCUGAUGAAGGUCUCUACAAGUGUCACAUCAGGGAUCAUGGAGAGUCUCCAUCCAGCUGGAUCUCUGUCUCAGAGAAACCAUCAACCACGUCUGCUCCUUCAACCACCUCUACUCCAUCAUCUCCAUCUCCCACUUCCUCCUCUCCUCUUCAUGUAUGGUUACCUCCUGUGUGCAUCAGUGUUGUGGUUCUUCUCGGGUUCCUGGUUCUCCUGGUCGUCUAUGUUCACCGAAAGUCUAAAACUAAAAGAAGAACCAGAACACCAGAUGACAUCACGUACUCCGACCUCACCUUCCAACAUCCACAGCAGCAGCAGCCAAUCAGAGCCAGCCGAGAGACUUCAUCAGAUCCAGAGAUCCUCUACUCUUCACUGAGGAAGGCCAGCGCUCCGCCUCUCUGAUCGUUUAGACGUCAGUGUUUGGUCCGUCGCAGCCUCCAAGUCCGUUCCCUUCUUCCGGUUCAGAUGAAGAUCAGACCUCAGAACUGUGGCUGAGAGCUGCAGAGACCCAGAACCUCGAGGGGGUUUGACAUCGUCUGUGGACGCUCAGAUGUUCUCUGUGACCUUCAGAUGAGCGGAUCUAAACAUGCAGCCGAGAACUGCAUCACAGCCAGAGAAAGUCAGCGUCUAAAGGAAUUUUACCACAUUUUUAAGCUGUCAGCCUCAGAAAACUAUCUUGAUCAAGGAACAGAUUUACGGAAAACUUUUGGGAAAAAACCCCAAAGUCUGAGUCUUCUUAGGCCUUCUUCACCUGGACCUGAUCCACCUUUGGUCCAUUUUUCUUAAACUUGUAUUAAAUUUAUCCAAACUAAGGUCAAAAUCUGAGAUGUGGAGAUGUCUGUCGCUGCAGAUCACACAAAAACCACUUCCUCCAGUCUGGUACGCUGGUCUCCAUGGUAACAGCCUGGUUAACCAGGCUGAUGGUGAACCAGUUGACGCAGAUCUGCUCAUCGGCAGCAGGUUUUCUGCUUCUGUUUCAGGACAAAAGCUGACGGAGAGAGUAUGAAGACGCUGACAGAAGCGAACUGGAGGUUUCCUUAAGUACAAAUAGUUUCCUGUGAGGUUUUGUCUCUAACCCGUCCUGCUGCUGUAGUUCGUCUUUGCAGAAUAAAGCGGUUGGAAGUCGUGGUUUUGUGCAGAUAUUGUUGUGCGUCUUUGACCUCAUUUCUUCUUCCAUUACUGAUUUUGCAGUUUCAGCAAAUCCAGCCUUUCAAAACAGUAGUCCGCUUAAAGUUUAUGUAGUACCAACUGAGCACGAGUACAGCAAGUGUACAGAGUUAAAUUGGAGCCAACAGUAUUUGAAAUCCAAAAUAAAACUUAAUUUUUUUUUUAAAGUAUUGGUGUUUGGCCAAAACAAUGUAAACCGUCCAAAACCUUUCGCCAAUCUAAAGUAAACAUUAUUUUCAGCUUCAAAUGUUC